AUGACUAAACACGUUAAUAGUAUUGUAUUAAUACUAUUAACAGUAAUAAUCAUUGUACAGGUAAUAUUAAUCAGUCAUGUUAAUGUGGUAGAUGGUAUCAAAUGUAUUAAAGAUAAAAGAAUAUUUGCAGAUACAGAAGAUGAAGAUGAAGAUAAUCAAGAGGUAGAUUGGUGGCUCAUAUUAAAGAUUCGUGGUACAACAGAUGCCUAUCUCUACUUUGAUUCUGAAAUGAAUGAUAACGAUUUUAAAACUGGAUACUUUUUAAGAAGUUCAAGAAGUGCAUUGGGUGCAACAUUAUUUGAUGUAUCAUCUGUAAACCAUAACUAUAUUGCAUUUAACGAUCAACCAGCCGAGACAAUGGGAGACUCUUUUAAAAUCUUUACCCAUGAAAAAGGAUUGAUUAUAUGGGACAAGGAUAAAGGUGAUAAUGCAGGUGAUGGAGUCUAUAUUAUGCAUACAAUGCCACAAUUCCCAAAUACUUAUUUUAGUCCUGAUGGAACUGUUAGUCACCAGUAUUGGCAAGAUCCAUAUGGUGAAGAUGAGAGGAUAAGUGAUGAUUUUGCCAAGGCAUUCCCUUUUAUGGGCUGGAGAGACCCAUUCUUUCACAAUAAUGUAAUGUCUAGUCAUGAAUUGUAUGGUAGAUGCUAUGCAGGGUACCACAAGACAGAGGCACAACAAAAGGCAUCGGACAAAUACAACUAUGGCGAAUCGCAAAGUGUCAGUGAGGAUACGUCAGAGUCUGAGGAUUCGGCCGACACUUGGAGACACGAACAAGAACGUAAAAAGAAGGCACAAUCCACUUGCAAACUCGAUAUCUCGCCAUUCCUCGUCGAACGGUUUAGCAAGAAGGCUAGUACGCUUAGCUUUUCACAUUUGCUUGGUCGUGAUAUCAACCCAUUUGCCAAGCUGUUGGAUGAAGGUGUUCCGGGUCAGCAUAUCUAUUGCUUGACGCUACCCGAUGCCAACUCCAGGGAUCCAGAGACAUGGACGUGUACCGAUCCACCCGAUGCAGAUCCACCCAGUAACGAAGACUCUGACUUGGAUCCACCAUCAAUGAUACAACUCUUCCUCACCUAUUUGGCACGAGGUACCACCAAUGGACUGUCAGCCACACACAAAAGCGUCGAUGCAGAGACCGAGCCAUUCCUCGCCGUACGACAAGACCAGUACACAGCCGACUAUUACAAAAAGUGUUUCCAGUUGAAUCAAAAGCACUAUUAUUUUGUCGUCACGUCCAAGACCAAGCAUUCAGACAACUCAAUCUCUUCAAAAUUCAGCGAUGUGUGGGCGGUCCUCGAAGAAGACCCUUGCGAUGAAACACAAAUUCAAAACAGACCAUGCAUAAAAGAUGGAGAACAAAUGUAUAUUAGUUGUUGGAGAGGGUCAGGUAGGGUGGAUGAAACCGUCAAUGCUCGACCUGGUAAUCAUUUCAUUAUCCCCACCUUUAAAACGGUGAUUGAAAUCGCCAACAAGAAACAAACCAUUACUUGGGGAUCGACCAACGUAGGUGUGUCUGGCCAAACCAAUACAGAGGACUCGACUGGUGGAUUCACUGAUCAUUCCAAAUAUGGUUAUCUCGUGAAUGAAGGUGAUUAUUGGGAUGUUUGUCUAAGUGGUGGUAAUUUACAUGUUUAUAAAGGUGUUACCCAAUAUACUGGUUCAAAUGCUUUUAUGGUAUGUUUCCAAAGUACAGAGUUGGGAAUUGCAUUUGGAUCUAUAAAUAUAAAUUCAGGGGCCACUGUUGGAAAACAUACACAACUAUGGGAAUAUUCACAAUACUAUGCAGAAUGCACCAAAAAAUUUAAUGCCAAUAUAGCUGUUGCUCAUCAAGCACUUCAACUAGAGGGUAGAAGAGCCGCCGACACUACCUAUUACGAUAAUACGCGACUCAAAGCACAUCCACCAAAAAAAGAAAUGGCUGCCUAUGGAGACCAAGUCAAUCUAUUCAUGCCAAUGACACUACUAAACAUGUUGUUGGAAAGAACCAAUGAAAAAGUAACAAUCAUACAACCAAGUAGUAGUAGUAGCAGCAGUGACGAUGAUAUGGGUGGUGGUGGUAGUGGUAGUGGUAGUAGUAGUAGUGAUGAUGGUGGCGGUAAAAAGAAAAAGAAAGGUGGUGGUAGUAGUAGUAGUAGUAGUGGAAGUGCAAGUGAUGGUGAUAGUGGUAGUGGUAGUAGAGGUCAUAGUGGAAGUGGUAGUGGUAGCAGUCAUAGUGAUAGUGGUAGUGUAAAUGAAGAUAUCGAAAUCGAAAUAACAUCAUCAUCGUCGUCAUAUAGUUCAUCACAAGACUCUCCCAUUGUUUUCCUUCACAGUGCUGGCGGUACUCCUGGAAUCAAAAGAAAACCACCUCUUGUAAAUACACUCAAAAAACAACCUCCAACAAAGAAACAGAAAAAAUCACAUGGUUAA